ACUUGUUUAAUUACUCACCCUAACUAGCUCUCGUUAUAAUAUAAUCACACUCAUUUUACUCUUCAUUACCUUCGUUUCUCAUUUUCUCAACUCCUGCUUUCUUAAUUCCUCACUCGAUCGAUCUUGCCUGAUCUGAACUAUGGCUAGGUUGUUACUAUUUGCCUUGUGUGUGCUCUCUUCAGUACUAGCUAGCGCAUGGAGCAUGGGGAACCCUUUCUAUGUCCGAGGCCGCGUCUACUGUGACACUUGCCAAUGCGGUUUUGAGACCAAAAAAACUACUUACGUACCAGAUGCAAGGGUUAGAAUUGAGUGCAGGGAUAGGACAGACUUACAGCUUAGAUACAGUGUGGAGGGUGUGACAGACUCUACUGGAACGUACAAGAUUAAGGUUGAGGGUGACCAAGCAGACAGGCUUUGCCAUGUUGUUCUUGUUGAUAGUCCACUGGCUGAUUGCAAAACGGUAGACACUGCACGUAACGGUGCUGAAGUUAUUCUAACCCGUUCUAAUGGUGCCAUUUCUGACCUUCAUUACGCUAAUUCCUUGGGGUUUGUGAAAGACAAGGCAUUGCCUGGGUGUGCUGAAUUGGUCAAACAACUCUUAGAAUCCGAUGAAUAGAUCAACGAUGGACAUUCUUCCUAGUCUAAUUAGUCCCAUCUUUAGUCAAGGACUUGCUUGUGGUAAUGUUGUUUAUGGCACGAUGUUAAUUUAUUUGGUUACCAGUCUCUCAGCUCAUGAAACUGCGAUGCCAUUGUUUGUUUUCAUCUACUUUUUCUUCUUCUUCUUUUUCAUCCAGCUACUUGAUAAAAAUAUUACUAUUAUAUUUAUGAUCAAUAA